AUGUCGAAUACGAGAUAUAGGACGUCAAGUGGAAGCUGUACAGCACUCUGGAUGCAAGAUCCAUCAUCCGUUCCAGCAAACCCACUCACUGCUCAAGGACUAGCUACUCCUUACAUCCAAAAGAAGGCUCUAUGUGAUCAAACAAAUCCACUCGAAGCUGUAUUCGUGGAAGCUGCGAUCAUCAAUCCCAAGACUGGAAAUAUCCGACUAUACUCGCCAUUGGUGGUUAAUGACGAUAACCCAACACCGGCUGUACCUCCUGUGGUGCCAGUUCUUUCGCCAGACGAUGUUGUUGGGCUGUGGUUUGGAGGAAAUGGAGGAAGUACCACGCUGGCGUCUGCAGCCGGAACGAAUAGUCUUGUGCAAGGGAACUGUGUAAAUGGUCUUGGUGCUUCAGUAUUUGGACAGGUCGCAUUCUGUAAUCCAACGGCAUUUUGGGCUGCUGUAUCAACUGCCCUUACAAGCAACAUGCUCAUAGUACCACCGCUCGCAACAUCACCAAUCACGAACGUGUCCUGUUAUACCGUGAGAUCCUUUGUCGUUGUAGACAUGGAUCAAAGUGACAACGUUGUGACGACGUAUCUAGCUGUUCCCAUGUCGAAUGGAGCGAUUCAGUUUGCUCAGAAUAACGUUGAGAAUGUGCAGAAUCUCAACCAGACAGGGAAUGUGAAUAUCACUGUGAAUGCGAGUGAUAAUAAAUUGGUGUCUAAUUCUUUGGACACCGCGCUGGGAUGUUCACCAUGGAAGGCAAUGGACUUAUCAAACAUGAAUGGCCCUCCACGGGCAGGAGCAGCACUCAACGAAAUCCAAGCUGCCCUCUACCAACAAGCCCCAAUAGCAACAAUCCCAGCAGGAGAUCCAAUGGUCCUCAUAGACGGCGCAACAAACCUCACCAAGAUAAACCUCUACCGAGCUGGAGUCUUCCAGCCACUAGUCACAACCAUAGCGCAAGCAUCCACGCAACAAUACUGCCUCAACCUAUGGACUGUCGGAGCCCAUGCAAUCUACUCGUUCAGUGGCGUAACGAGUAAUUAUCCGACGCCGGAUGUAAAUGCAGCUACGGAUCUGAACUUGUUUCUGUGUCAGAGGUUUGAGGGGACGUGGGGUGCUGAUGGGUUAGAUUGUGGAGCUUUGGUGUCUGGGGUUGAGCCUCCGAUAACGACUACGAAGGAUGCGAAUGGUGUUGCUAUUAGUGCUGCGUUUAAUUUGAAUGGUAGUCCACAGCCGAUUGCUGGGAAGGGAAAUCAGAGGAUGAGGAGGUCGUCUAGACGUGUGGUGGUGGAGGAGACGUAA